AUGUCUAGUGUUUCGACAGAGGCCGAUGAUACCGAAAUCGCCAAGUUGCCGGAGACGGAGACGGAGACUCCGCCGCUGAAGAAGCAGAAGACAGAUUCGCAGGCGGAGGGUGAUACCGAGAUGACGAAUCUGGGAGAUUCGACGGAGUUGGAGACAGUUCCUGAUGAGUCCAAGGCUGAGGCAGAGGGUUACGAUGUUGAUUGGGAUAAUCUGGACUUCUACUUCGAAACCGUGAAAUUGGAAGAUGUACCAUCUGAUGUACCAUCUUUGGAUGUUAACCUUAAAAAUAAGGAAUUAAUCGAAUUGCUCAUUAAGACAGCCAUCGACGAAGAAAACGAUGAAAAUGUGACGACAUCUUCUUCUUUUAAUGGUUUAAUUGAUCAUCUUCUUUCAAACUUGUAA